GGCGGCGCUUCCUUGGGUUUCAGCUCGCGCCGCCAUUUGAUGCGGACGAACCACUCCACCGUGGACACCUGUUGACCUCGUCCAUCAGUGUUUCAUCGACGCUCUUUCCUGUGGGAUUCGUUCAUCCGUUAUCCCUCAUGGGUCGGAGAAAGAUCGAGAUCAAGGCGAUCAAGGAUGAUCGCAACCGCUCAGUGACCUUUCUGAAGCGGAAGGGCGGUCUUUUCAAGAAGGCACAUGAGCUUGCGGUCCUGUGUUCGGUAGAUGUCGCUGUCAUUAUAUUUGGUCACAACAAGAAGCUGUACGAGUUUUCAUCAUGUGAUAUGAGAGAGACGCUCGCUCGAUAUCAAUACUUCGGCCCUCCACACGAGCACAAAGGUCCUGAGGACUUCAACGGUAAACGCGACGAUGAUGACGAUGAGGAUGAGACGACCCCUGCCCCUGAAGAUGUGCAUCCAACACCUUCAAAUGCUGCAAUGAUUCCCGCCCACCUACCAAGUCAUCCCGGCUUCCAGCAUGUCACGCAUGCCCCGUCUGCAUCCCCACCGAUCGGAAAUGGAAUGCCAUUCGAUCCGCGCCACGGCACCCCGCAACCACAAGGAGUUUCUAGACCUUCGUCCCGGAAUCAUCUUCGUCGAGUGAGCUCCAACAUGGGGCCUCAGCAGCAUCAUCAUGCCACACCCCCGCCGCCUCCGCCUCCUCCGCAGAAUGGUUUUACAUACAUUCAUAAUCCUCCCGUCUAUAAUCCCAGUCCUGCUCACACAAUGGCUCAGCCUCCUCGUCCACCUCAGUUCGCGCAUUAUGUUCCCCCAGGACCGCAUCACCCUCAUCCUCACUCUCACCCUCACCCUCCGCCUCCGCCUCCUCAGCAUCAACCUAUGCCUCCGCAGUCUAUGCCCCCACAGCCGAUGCCACCGCACGCAAUGACACCUCAAGCCAUGCCGCCGCACCACCAGCCUCCUCCGCAGCACAUCCCACAACACCCCCCUCAUCCACUUGCACAGCAGCCGCCUCCGAUGGCCAUGACGCAGCCUCCACAUGUCACCGUCCCGCAGGUCGCGCAGGCGUUCCUGCCGGAGCAAGGACGAAAUUCCAUGCCUCCGGCAUUUGCAACAGAGCAGCAUCCGCCGCCACCUCGGACGGUGUCGCUUCCUGAAGGGACUGCUCCGGCAGAGGCAAUACCAGGCCCAAUGAAGGCGGAAGGGACUCCGUCACCUCCGCACCAGCGUUCUAUCUCCUCCAAAUCACGCAGUAUCUUCACACCUAUUGAUGACCGGGGCUCUGUGUUGGCUCGUCAUUUUGGCGUCGGACCACCGACAGAGGCGGGCGAGAAUGCGCUAGCGAAGGUUGAGGCACCACUCGAAUCGCACGAAAUGAAGCCCGGCGGGCUAGCCGCAAAGCCCCCUCCUCUCCCCCGAGCCGCCACGGAAGCCCCACGUCCGCCACCGGUAGCUGACCUCAAGCCCCCCGCACGGACGAACAGUGGUCAAUUGCCGCCUAAGCGACCGCAGCUGAAGGUGCAGAUCCCGAGUGAGAACUCCGACCGGGGCAGUGCAACGGCCGACUCGUCAUCGCGCGACUCGGCGGGGAACAAGACGCUCACACCCGCCAAAGCAAAUCCGGAUACGGGUCAUUCAAGCGUGGUAUUGCCGCCACCCUCGCCAUCUGCCGGUGCAAUCCUGAGCGCGGGGGCUCAAGGGCCACCGAAUCCCUUUGCACGGCCACCGCCUCCCGGAGCCGCGCCGCAGAGCAAUAAUUCGUAUAACAAUAACAGCAAUAUAGAUACGCCCAUCUCAGCUCUUCCCAGUCGGUUCGUUUCUGAUGCACUCCUCCCGUCACCGUCCAGCUUCUUCCCGGAAUGGGGUUUUGGGCGGUCCGGGCCGGACAGCAACAUGCUCCCCAGCCCGCUGACGUUUCCCACACCUGCGCUGCAGAAUGGGCCGGGGUUUGGACGUGAAGAUGAGCAAGAGAAAAAGCGUAAAAGCCCCGACAGCGGGCCCAAUGCCGAAGGGAUCAUGAAGAAACCAAAGACGUAAUCCAAUCCGUUGUUCCUACUACUAGACUGAUGAUUGUGGUGUUUUGUUCCUUGGGGGAAUCGUCUUCUCCCGUGUUUCACAUAUGGCAUCUUCUGGCGUUGGCGAAAGCUACCUGUGGUUUACUCUAAUUGGGAUGGGAAAGUUCGAAUGAGGCUCGUUUGUUUCCCUGGGAACCUCUUUUUCCUCUGGUUCUGAACAAGUUCCUAGUCCUUCCUUGUUUGUGAUAAGGGUUUUCCUUUUCAACUU